AACAAAAAAAAAAGUUUAAGCUAGAAUUGCAAUAGUUUUAUUUUAAUGAAAUUUUGUAGAAUUGAGCAAUUGUUAUAUGUAUUAUUUUUAAUUUUCAUUUAAGCGAAUGGAAUAAAAAAAAAGUAUUUUAUGAUAAAGCUAAAGACGGAAAAAUUAGAUAAAAAAAAAUUUCUUUUUGAGAAAGUUUUUAAUGAAGUAAUCGGCAAAGUAGCAAAAAUGCAAGUAAUAAAAAGUCAAGACUGAAUAUGUAUAAAAAAAAAAUUACAUACUGCCUUCAAAUGAAUAGUGUGAUAAUUACGUAGGGUGAUUUGGUGCUCUACAGAAGAAGAAUCGUCCAAUAAUUAAUAGAUAUCCAAAUUAAUUACCCUUCUUAUACGUUACAAAUAUAUACAUAUAGUUAUCUAUACAUAUAUAUCCAAUAUAAUAUAUUUAUAUAUAUAUAUAUAUAUUAAUAUAUUUAUAUGUAUAUAUAUAUAUUUAAAUUUAUUAUAAAUAUAAAACAAAGAUUGUGUGUUGGAAAUUUGUGCUGUGCUGUAUUUUGAGAAGACAGAAGAAGAAAUAAUUCUUUCAAAAUUGCAACAAAGGGGCGAUAGUCAAGCAAGAUAUUUUUCUUUAGUUCGGUUUUUUUUAUUUGUGAGUAUUCUGUAUUUAGGUAAGGCCAUAUGGUCUUUUUGUCAUAAAGUUUAUGGAUUUUGUUGUUUAUUUUUGAAAUUCAAAACAACAAAAAAUUAAAACAAAAUAAUACAAAAGUACUAAACAAAACAAGUGAAUUAUAGGAAUAAUAAAUAAGGAGCAAAUUUUUUUACAAAUUACAAAAAAAAAAAAUAAAAACAAAACGGAAAAGAAAAUAUCACAAGAUCGUCAUAAACAUAAUAUAUUUUUGUACGUUGUUGGUUUAUGUUUAAUAACAUUUAAAAUUAUAUAAUAUCUACUUACAUUUAAUAAAAAAAGAAAAAGAAACAAAACGAUUCACGAAAUUUAUAAUUUAAAAAAGAGACAAACAAAAAUGGAUGAGACACAACCGAAAACACUUUACGUUGGUAAUUUAGACCAUUCAGUUUCAGAAGAUUUACUAAUUGCACUAUUUAGCCAAAUGGGCACUGUUAAAAGCUGUAAAAUAAUAAGAGAGCCUGGUAAUGACCCAUAUGCGUUUAUUGAAUAUAUAACUCAUCAAUCUGCUGCCACUGCACUGAUAGCAAUGAAUAAACGACUCUUCCUUGAAAAAGAAAUUAAGGUUAAUUGGGCAACAAGUCCAGGCAAUCAGCCAAAGACAGAUACUAGUGCUCAUCAUCAUAUAUUUGUUGGUGAUUUAAGUCCGGAAAUAGAAACAGAACAACUAAGAGAAGCUUUUGCUCCUUUUGGUGAAAUAUCAAAUUGCAGGAUUGUUAGAGAUUCACAAACAAUGAAAUCAAAAGGUUAUGCGUUUGUGUCAUUUGUUAAAAAAGCUGAAGCUGAAAAUGCCAUACAAGCAAUGAAUGGUCAAUGGUUAGGAUCACGUUCAAUUCGAACGAAUUGGUCAACUAGAAAACCACCUCUAACUCGUGAAUAUAGUAAAAGUGGUGGUGGCAGUAAUAUUGGAAAUAGCGGUAUGGGUGGGGGUGGUAGCAUUAAAAUGAAUCGAGCAACGUAUGAAGAUGUUUACAAUCAAAGUAGCCCCACAAAUACAACAGUUUAUUGUGGUGGUUUUCCAGCAAAUGUGAUUAGUGAUGAAUUAAUGCAAAAACACUUUUUGCAAUUUGGUCCAAUCCAAGAUAUUAGAGUUUUCAAAGAUAAAGGUUUCGCCUUUAUAAAAUUUUUAACUAAAGAACCAGCUGCACAUGCAAUAGAACAAACACAUAAUACAGAAAUCAAUGGUAUUCCAGUUAAAUGUUUUUGGGGGAAAGAAAAUAACGGUGACAAUUCUAUGAAUAAUCAAGCCGUCGUUGGUGUUAAUUUAGCUGGCGUAGCUGGUGGUGUUGGUUUAGGACAUGGUGGUGUUCCUACGCCUCAAUCGAUAGCUGUGACAGGUAAUUUGGCAGGAGGACAAGUAAUAUCACCACAAGGUGCAGCUCAAUAUCCAUAUGCUGCUUCUGCAGCAGCGUAUCAACAAAUGGCCUAUUGGUAUGCUCCAGCGGGCUAUCCUGCAGCCCAAAUGCAAACUCAGUAUAUGCAACAAGGUUAUUAUCCAUAUGCUGCCUACACUAGCGCGCAACAAGGAGCAGGAGUGAUGAAUUCGAAAUUCAUUCCAGCUGGUUAUCGUAUGGUCCAGCCAAAUGUAGCAUGGGGUGUUCCUGGAGCAGCUGUACCAACCGCUGCAACGAACGGUGUUACACAGCCUCAGAUGAUGUAUAGUGCUGCAAUGCCACAAUAUCAAACGCAAUAAUGAGGUUGACGUUAAAAAUAAAUAAAAUAAACAUUGAAAGCACUAAAUUAUUAUUAAAAAUUUGAUUUAAAAAAAAAUUUUCAGAAAAAAAUAUAAAAAAAAAAAGAAAUGAGAAGAAAUGCUAUAUAGAGAGAAGAAGAUCAACACAUCAAUUGUUGUUAAUUUUUUAAUUUAUAUAAAAAAAAAGAUAUAAUUUAAAUUAAUUUGAAAUACAUAAAAAAAUGAAAAUUUAAAAAAUCGAAUAGAAAAAAAAAAUAAAGGAAAAAAUGUUGUAAAAUCCAACAGAAAUAUUUUGAAACGAAAGAUUUUCAUAGAAAAUUUUUUAUCCUUAACAAAUGAUUUUUUUCUGUAUGACAAAACAAUAUUGUAACAAAUAUUGAAAUAAAAGACUUCUUCAAAAAAAAAAAAAA